CAUACAACACACACACAUUACUAUAUUAUUAUUAAGCUAAUUUUAAGACCCCAAUAGUUUGAUCAUUAUCAUAAGUCAUGGUACCUCUACUCCAUAGUUCCCCAACAAUCCUCCAACUAGUAUCGUAUCGGUGUCGUACUGUGUGAUGACUUUGGAUCAACAGUUCGUAGUUCGGCCUGCUUAGCUUAUAGAUCGAACCUUGAAAUCCCAGGUUUGUCCUUGAUUGAAAUAUGAGGAUGGAUAUCCUCCACAGCUACUACAGCUAGGACUACAUGCAUAUAUUAACUUGGGGGCAUAACUACACCCUCUUUCUCUUUCACUCCUCCUCAGUCUCUCUCAGUCUCUCUGUCUCUCUCUCUCCAGGGAGGAGUCAGUCUCUGCCGUGCUCUCUGAGCCUAAGUAGCUUGGGAGUUGCUCGAGUUUGAUUGGUCAAGUAGGCAUGGAAUUUGGCAAGAACCAGCGGGGAGGAAGAGGAAGCAAGAAGGGAUUUUAAAAAUUUUAUACACAAAAAAAAAAUUGGAAAAAAAAGGAAAGCAGCUCCCAAGCCAUCAAAAGCUGUGUAUUGAAGAACCCACAAAAGAGAAAGCUAGACAGAACAGAGGGGGAGAGGGGGGCUGGCUGGGCACAAAGGGGACAGACAGAGUGAGGGGAGCUGAGAUGGGUUAGGCUGAGCGGAGAGCUAAAAAAGGAAAGCCAAGCCACUGGUUUGUGUUUCAUUCAUAGGGUGGCUGAAGAAAGAAAGAAAGCAAAGCACAGCUCAGAGAGAGAGAGAGAGAGAGAGAGCUGCUGGGGCUGGGUGGACUUGGAGGGUUAGGGUUUGGGUGAUGGAAGUGGAAGAGUGCUAUUUGGAUGGCUUUUGGGAGGAAGGAAAGAGAAGAGGAGGAAGAAAUCAGAGGCAGAGGAGGCAUCUUCAGUAUUAUUAUCAGGUUUCAUCAGACAGCAACAACAACAGGUGGCACUUGCACAAUCACCAAGGAGCAGCAGCAGAACAAGAAGAGAUUAUCAACAACAACAACAACAACAACAACAUCACUAGACUUAGUGGUCUUUGUAGCAGCAGCAGCAGCAGGAGGGCUACAGCAGGGCAACUCCGACAUCCUCAGUAGAGCUGUCAACCGACCAUCAGAGCUGCCUCUGCUUCCUUUUGUUGUUGUCCUCUUGAUUCUUGGAAAGCUGGAACCAGAGGACGGUGAAGAGGAAGAAGAGCAGCAGCUGCAGAAGCAGAAGAAGAAGAAGCAGCAGCAGCAGCAGCAGAAGAAGAGUCUGAGUCUGGAUCCUCACAGGAACCCCCACCAUCCCCACCACCACCACCACCAUCCCCACCUCCAUUACUUUCAGCAGCUUCAGAACUCUGUCCCUAAUGUAGACGAGGCAGAGGAAGAAGACCCCGACCCUGACAUCCAAGGCCAGUCCCAGGACCACGCCCACCACCACCACCACCCCCACCCUUUCCUGCUAAACCCUACCCCAUCGUCCCACAACCAUCCUCACCAGCAGCACUCCCACUUUUUCUAUGGUGGAGCGAGACUAGAGGAGGACCCCCUUCCUCAAAACCAAAACCCUCAUUCACAGCCCCCCAAGAAGCGGUCCUACAUCCCCCAGUCCUCUGCCAUUACCACCACCGAUUAUGCCCAGAAGAUGGAGGAGGCCCACGGCCACCACCAGGCUGCAGUGGCCGUGGCUGCGACUGCCCCGUCCAGACUUGGGGUGGUGAGGGGCAACGGUGGUGGCGGGGAGAUCGUGGAGGUCCAAGGCGGCCACAUUGUCCGGUCCACGGGGCGCAAAGACCGCCACAGCAAGGUCUGUACUGCCAAGGGCCCGAGGGACCGACGAGUUCGCCUGUCUGCCCACACCGCGAUUCAGUUCUAUGAUGUCCAAGACCGGCUCGGGUAUGACCGUCCCAGCAAGGCCGUUGAUUGGCUGAUCAAGAAGGCCAAGGUUGCCAUCGACGAGCUUGCUGAGCUCCCUGCCUGGAAGCCUACGGCUGUGACAGCCGCUGGUGCAGCUGGUUCGAGCCGGGCACAGGAGCCGCCACAGCAGAGCGAGGAGCAGGAGAAUCAGAGCAUAAAGCGGCAUCAGGGUCAGGAUCAGAGUAAUCUCCGCCAUGGGAGUGUGGAUGCUGCUAAGAUGUUGAGCGGCGGCAGCGGUGCCAGUGGCGCAAUUGCUUCGAUUUCAGCCCCGAACCACCAGCAGAUCAAUGAGAACAGAGGCUUCUUGCCGCCUUCCCUGGACACUGACUCGAUCGCAGAUACCAUCAAGUCGUUCUUCCCCAUGGGAGCAGCUGCAGAGACGGCGCAGCAGCAGCACCCGCGGCAACAGGCCCCGCAUUCUGUUCAGUUCCAGGGCUACUCACACCCACCCGAUUUGCUCUCGAGGACGAGCAGCCACCAGAGCCAAGACCUGCGGCUCUCUCUCCAUUCCUUUCAGGACCCAAUGCUGCUCCACCACCACCACCAGCAAAACCAAUCCCACGAGCCGCCACCGCCAGUUGCCGCUGUUGCAUUCUCUGGGACCGCCCAACUGGGCUUCGACGCAUCACCAUCUUCCUCCCUGUGGUCUGACGUCGCUCGCUUCCAAAGAUUGCCGGCCUGGAACACCGCGGCCGCCACUGACACUGGUGGCAGCAGCAGUGGCGGGGCUUUCAUAUUUGGCUCACAGCCCAUACUGCAGCCCUUAUUUGGGCAGAGCCAGGGCCAAAGCCAGUAUUUUUCUCAGAGGGGACCCCUUCAGUCCAGUUCCACGCCUCCAGUUCGCGCUUGGAUCGACCCCACAAUCACCCCUGACCAUCAAAUUCCACACCAAUCAAUCCACAACCCGCCCUCUGUCUCGGGCCUCGGGUUCGGGGCUGCCGGGUUCUUGGGGUAUCACAUUCCAGCGCGGAUUCGAGGCCAAGAGGAGGACCAUGACGACGGCACCAUUCUGAACAAGCCGUCCUCUGCCUCCUCCGAUUCUCGCCAUUGACUGAUCGAACUUUCAUCGCACUCUCCCCCACUAAUAACACAGGGCUUUUUGUAGAUCUUCAUCAAGAAGUACCCCAAGAAGAGAGUCAGUGCCGGCUUAGUUCAAUGCAGGGGGAGAGAUUCUGCUAUGCUGUUUUGCUUCAAUGGCCACCUACACAGGGGAGAAAAUUCUGAGCUUGUUUCAGGUUUCUCUUGCCCCUGUGUUAGUUUUUAGCAUGUUUCUAUCCGUUUUGUUGUUGUUGUAGCUCUUGCAUUUUGUGUGUAAUGUUUGAGUGUGGGCUUCUUUUGGGCUCUUCAACUUUGCUGGGUUUUUAACUAUUACUACUACUCUGUGUUGGAUAUUCCUAAGAAAUUGAAUGUGAUAUUGCUGUUUCCCCUUUUAUA